GCGCCGGCGCGCCUUAUGUACCGGCCCGCGCUGGCGGCCUGUCACUCGUCGCCGGGUCGUGGAGUGUGCAUCAGUCCGCCUCAGUCAGCCUCAGUCAGCCGCAGCUCGACACCGAACAUGGACGCCUUCCUCAACAAGAAGUACAAGCUGUCGUCCUCCGACAACUUCGACGAGUACAUGAAGGCUCUCAACGUGGGUCUGGUCACCCGCAAGAUGGGCAACACAGUCAGUCCCACGAUCGAGCUGAAGAAGGCGGGCGACGAGUACUCCUUGCAGACCACCUCCACUCUGAAGAGCACCACGAUAACCUUCAAGCUCGGCCAGGAGUUCGACGAGGAGACUGCUGACGGCCGCAAGGUCAAGUCCACGGUCACGUUCGACGGCAACAAGAUGGUCCACAACCAGAAGGGAGAGAAGGACACAGUGAUCAUCAGGGAGUUCUCGGCGGACGAGGUUAAGGCGGUAGGUCUACUGUGUUCGUGCCUUACCUGCAGGUUUUAUUUAAAUAACAGCACAGCAGUUUUAAGAUGUUUGAAGAAACUACCUUAUGUAAAUUCAGUUUUUAUUUCUAUAAUUAAAAUAGUAGUACACAUUUUUUAAUAAUAUUUACAUUGUUUAGAAAUUCACAAAAUUUAGCCUUUAAUAAUAUAAUAGUGAAUGGUUGAUUAUUGAAAGAUGUGACGUACAAAUUAUCUUAGUUUUAUGAAAAAAAUUAUAUAAGCUAAAAGUACUUAUUUUUAAUCUUAAAAAAGUAAGCAAGUAUGACAAAUAAGGGCAAGUUGUCAGUAAGGGUUUUGUUGAAGUUCCAACACCCAAAACAAAAGUAUGUUGGUCUUUAAGACCAUUAAGCUGCAUUAGUGUAGCUUUCAUAACAUUUUCUUGUAUUUAGAAUAAUUUGUUCUACCAUGUGGAGCAAGUAUAGUGCAAUGGAAUCUGCUAUUGGGUUUUAUUGCAUCGCCAGCUCAGGGUUCGUCGCCGUCUGGCACCCGCCACGCGAUGCGUGUAUUUAUAUGAAAAGUUGUUCAUAAUUAUAUUUAAGCUUUAUAGCUAAACGCCAGUUUUAAAAAAUUGUCUUCUGCACGUGAACUAUUUCGUUGA